AGCAAGAAGGAAAUUCGAAGCCCCGCCCACAUUCAAUAAACCGCUGUGUUAUUAAAGCUGCUCCAGCUGUUUAUAACAGUGUCGCUUUCUCCCAGUCGUGUGACAUAAUGGAGAAACGUGUGAAGCGUGUGAUCGAUGCAAGGGAGCGUUUCUGUUAUAUUACACGGGUGCAGAGUUUCAGCGCUUGCCAUCGACUGCACAGUAAAUCACUGACUGAUGAAGAGAACGAGAGAAUAUUUGGAAAAUGCAACAAUCCCAAUGGCCAUGGACACAACUACAAAGUUGAAGUUACAGUACAAGGAAAGAUUGACCAAAACACAGGAAUGGUGAUGAACAUCACUGAUCUUAAACAGUGUAUAGAGGAGGGAAUCCUGAAACCACUUGACCACAAAAACCUGGAUCUGGAUGUGCCAUUCUUUGCUAAUACUGUCAGCACAACUGAAAACCUGGCAGUGUUUAUCUGGGACAACAUGGUCAAGCUCCUUCCACCUAACAUGCUCUACGAGAUCAAGGUGCAUGAGACGGACAAGAACAUUGUUGUGUAUCGAGGGGAGUAAAGCAGUUCCUUGGCUGAUGCUUGUUUAUUUAGCAUUGUAGAUUUGUAUUAGAUUAGAGCAAGAGGAACACCUGCUGUGGCCUGCGCAUUAGGAUUAACAUAAGGCACAACAGAGAAUGUGGCUCAGCUCUCUACCAUGUGAUGUGAGACUGAUCCUAUUAAACAUGGAGCUUACGGCAAGUGUAAAUCUUUUUUCCCCACAAAUUAAUUUACAAUCCAACUUUGUUUCCUUAUGUCAAUUUUUGAACUUAUUUUCAACAUGUUUAUAUUAUUUGCUUGAAGUAACUCUCAUUUGUGUUAAUAAAUUGCUUACAUAUUUACAGGUGUUUUUUUUAACACUAAUGUCAUUCUUAUUAACCAAGAAUAUUUUUUUCUCUCACAACAAAGCUUUAAACCCAUUGUAUAUUGAAAUAAACUAUUUUUAAAUUAUG